AUGCCCUAUCCACCUCCUCCAGGUCUCAAACAGACGCCAUCUUCGCUUCCUCCUCGCCCACCGCCGUCCAAUAAUGCCGCCCAGCCCGUUGGUCAUGGCAACGCGCGUCAACCGGGCUACAAUGCCUUCACCGCAUUUGCGCCGCGCUCCGUAGCAUCAAGUCAGCCGCGCGUAAGCAACCCUACGGUCUCUGCGCCCCCCUCUUAUUCUGCCGGUUAUGCGGGACCUGCAACCCCUGCAGCACCUGCAACCAUCUACGGAAAUUACCAACAGCCAUCCUACCAAAGUGGACCUUCCUACUACGGAGCCCAGUACAGUGAAAAUGUCUCCCCGGCGGUCCCACAUAUUCAAAAUCCAUUUGGCUCAACGCCAUCUGCAGCACGAGGGCGCAAUGGAGUAGACCCAGAAACCGAGGCACAAAUUGCUCAGUGGCAGAGUGCUUACGCCAACCCGAACGAUGAGACAGGCAAAAAGGCCAGCAACACGGGCACAACAACGGGUACAGGUACUCCAACCGCCGCCAGCACCCCCAUCCCCCAAAGUGAAACACAAAAGACUGUCCAGCGAGUCGGUGGCGGUCAAGCCUGGACCGACUCCACUCUUUUAGAAUGGGACCCCGCUCAUUUUCGGCUUUUCGUGGGCAACCUCGCAGGUGAAGUAACCGACGAUUCUUUACUGAAAGCAUUCGCACGCUACACCUCUGUACAAAAGGCUCGUGUGAUUCGGGAGAAGCGCACGCAGAAGAGCAAGGGCUUCGGGUUUGUCAGCUUUAGCGACGGUGAUGAUUACUUUGCUGCCGCUCGAGAAAUGCAAGGCAAGUACAUCGGUUCUCACCCGAUUUUACUGCGCAGAGCUACCACCGAGGUCAAGCCGGUGUCGAACGCCAAGACGCUUAAGAAGCAUGGAGGCGGCGCUCGAGGCCAGCCUGGCGGCAAGGUCAAGCAUGACGGAGUGAAGAAGUCGGGAAAAACCAAGGGAGGUCUGAAGAUCCUUGGUUGA